UACCUUUUUUUUUGACGUUUGGUUUUAAGGAAAUUUCUGGAAAUUUAGUUCACAUCUAGAAGCCGAACUGAAAAAAGCAUAGUCAUACCACUGAUACCAACUGAACUUCGAUAUGCCGAACCAGUCUAAGGAGCAGCCUCAGCAGCCGCGUGGCUCCAAAGUGGCGUCUACCCAGACGCAGAACUCGCCAUGGGAUAUGGGGGAUCAGUUAACAGGAGCACAGGACUCGCCAUGGGAUGUGGUGGAUCAGGUUACAGGAGCACAGGACUCGCUACCGAACAUGGUGGAUCAGUAUACCCAGACGACGAGUACGGUGGUACCUGCCUUGAAUAGGGAUGGCCAGUUCCAUGGUCGCGUGAUCGAACUGCUGAGAGCACUGAACACGGUCAUGGCCAAAAAGGUGAUGCGGGUUACCGGGAAUCCUCCGCGCGAACAGCUCGAUGAGCGCGAUCGCCUUGAUCCUAGCCAUUUGGGACUCAUCACGUCGGACCAGUACGAUAUUAGUUUGCAGCUCGGCUCGCUGAUCGCGAGGAUGAGAGUCCCUACCAAGGAGGAUCCAACUGGGGAUCUAACUGCGGAGCCAGAGCAGCAGCCAGAGCCAAAGCCAUGUGGGGAACCGCUUGCCAAGCGUAAGAAGGAAGAGGGCAGCCAGGCCGUGUCAUCUUCCACUUCUGCCGGCGAAGACGAUGAACCCAAUCCCGAAGCCUGAGUCCAAGCUGCUGGCUUGGAAGUCGUAUUGGCCAUUUCGUGGCGAUACAGGAUAGUAUAUCCUGCCGAAAUCGAAAGAAGAAACUAAAACUAUAAAAAACUAUUUUUUUUUGUAGCGCAGCUUUUCUUUUAAUAACGCAGGAAAUAAAUAUUCUAAACAGAUUUAA